GUGUGUUGCCGGCCAUGAAGAAGCAAGGCAGCGGCCACAUCAUCAGCAUCAGCAGCCUGCAGGGCCGCCUCGCCAUCCCUUACAGGUCGAGCUACUGCGCGUCCAAGCAUGCGCUACAGGGCUUCAUGGACAGCCUGCGCGCCGAGCUCGCCUGCCACAACAUCGCCGUGUCCGUCAUCAGCCCAGCCUACAUCAACACCAACCUCUCCAUCAACGCCAUCACCGCCACGGGGGAGACUUAUGGAGGUGGGGUUAUAUAAGUACUUUAUUACCCUACAUCAACACCA